AAUCACCACUGCACAUUCAUUAUACCUGCAGAACAUCCCUCCAAAAAUGACCGUAAUUGCAGUAGCAGGCGGCACAGGCGCCGUGGGCCAAACGAUCAUCGAGACGCUCCUCCAAGAAACCACGCACGAGAUCAUCAUCCUCACCCGCAGCACCUCCAACCAAACGAUCCCAACUACGCGCACCAAACACCUCCAAAUCGACUACACCGACAUCGCCAGCCUCGCCGAGACCCUAACCACCCACGCCAUCACGACCAUCAUCUCGGCCAUCGGCAUCACCGACGCAGCAACCAGCCAAGCGCAGCUGAACCUCAUCAGCGCUGCGGAGCGCUCGAGCACCGUCUCCCGCUUUAUCCCAAGCGAGUACUCGUUCAUUCAGACUGAAGACCUCCUACCGAUCGACCCAAGCAUAGAACACUGGCUCGUCGCCGCGAGGAAGCUCCAAGAAUCCCAGACCCUGAAAUAUACUCGGAUGAUCCCGGGCUUCUUCAUGGACUACUGGGGGAUGCCGCACGUGCAGACGCAUCUGGAGCCCUAUGUCUUCGGGAUCGAUAUCGCGCACUGCCGGGCGGCGAUUCCGGGGGAUGGGAACGAUAAGCUCUGCAUGACGUAUACAUACGACAUGGCGAAGUACCUGGUCAAGUUAUUGGAAGUUGACGGGGAGUGGCCCGAGUGCAGUGUUGUGGUUGGGGAUACGGUGACGUAUAACCAGUUGUUGGGGGUGGCGGAGGAGGUGCGAGGGCGGGAAUUCUCCGUCGUGUAUGACAGCGCUGAGAAGAUCAAGCAAGGCCAGGUCACUGUGCCUGCCAUCCCGCCGGGCUCCAGCGAGGCUGAAGCCCGCGAGAUGACUGCGCUGGUUAGUCGUCUCACGAUCGCGGGCGUCUUCGAUCUCCCUGCGGACAACCGCCUCAAUGCCCGGUUCCCUGAGAUUGUGCCGGUGAAGGUGAAGGAUCUUUUGGUCGAGGCUUGGAGG